CACUGCGUUGUUGUGGAAGUGGUAAUCUGGUAGUGGUGCAUUCAGCAUUCUUUGCAUUAUCUAUUUUUCUAAUCUACUAUCUAGAUUUUUCGUCUCAAUUUUGUUCAGCUAUAGGUUCAACUAUUUAGUGCGUUUUGUCAAAACUUGCGUUGUUCAGAACUCAGAAGAGAGACAGAUUUUGUCGAAUGUUGGCCUGGUAAAAAUCAAAUCGUACUCGGUACUCUUUUGUCUUAUGAUCUCGUGAAAUCGUGAUGUUGACGACAGCGUUGAAAGUUUAAUAAUAUUUAAUGCCAUCAAGUUAAUUUGAGUGCUUGUAUUUGCUAAACAACUUCUUUUCAAGCUCAUCUAUUGCUACACGUUGUUUUUUCUGGAAUCAAUUUUCAUAUCUCCGCCAUAACUAGAGCGCAACAUGUGGCCUUCUCAAAAUUAUGGUUUUAAUCGGCCAGUUCUAUUGAUAACAACUCCGCUGAUACAAACAACGAGCCCGCUGCCGAGGUUUCAAAACGUGUCAAAUUUUUCUCAAAAUAUGAAACCAGUCUGCCAAAGCGUCCAGCAUCACCAUUCAUCUUCGAAAAGCCCGCAUCGUAAAUCUACUCUUAGCAACGUCGUCGAUGAAACAACAAUAAAUCCUACGUUAUCCGUGAAAAAUCUCAUCGAUGCGUUUAAAAAAUUUGAAGAUUGUGUUACAGAAAAAGUAACUAAUUUAGUCGACCGUAAUCGUGUAAUCGAACGACGAAUGUUCACGACUCUUGGUUUGAAUAUCGAAGCCGCUAAUAACCGCUUUCUCGCGAAUAAACAAAUGUUCGAAGAUUUCAAAAUAGAACUAAAAGAAGACUUCGCGAAAUUCCACACCGAACAGGACAAAUUGAUGAGAAUACUCAAGUGUGGUAUGGAUGAAAUUAAAUUGGCUCUCAGUGGAAUGGAAUCUUGCGACGAUAAUUAUAAAAUAGAUCCGACAAUUUUGCAACUGGCGCCGAAAUUCGACGAAUCGUACAAGAAUUAUCCUACCGGCUUCUUGAAACAUUUUGAAACUUUCGUCAAAACCACCAGAAGCACGCCAGCGUUACAACGCUUAUUAUUCAUAUACGCAGUUCAGCUCGAUAAUCCCAUAUGGAGAGAACACGUUGCCAAUAUUGAAACUUUCGAAGGGCUCAAAAAACCGUUUUUAGACUUGACGUGGUCCAAGAAACAACAAAUGCGAGUCUAUAUGGAAUUUGAAAAGGCUUCUUUUAAACAUUUAUCACCCGAAGAGAUCAACGCAGAAGUGAAGAAAUGGUGUGAUAUUGUUCGAGAUAUGCAGAACGUUAAUUUCCGACAUUUUCGUAUAUCGCUGACGGAAAAAUUACCCAGGCAUUGGCAGACCACUUUGAGUAUCUUUGCUAUAAAUGAUUGUGAAACGUUAAUCAAACACAUCGAUAUGUGUCUUGACAACGAAUCUGUUAUUCAUACGAACGAUUGUAUCAAAUUCAGAAGCGACUCUGGCCAAAAUUUAAGUGAGGCGGAGAAGUAAUGCUCUAAAUUAAUUGAUUUUUGAAUUUUCGUUAUUGUUUAUUUAUGUAGUACCUAUGUUAGUUAUUAAGUAAUUUUGCAACUAGUCCACAGUUAUCAGUUUUUUGUUUGUUUUUUUCUUCUUUGAAUUUGUGAUGUUUUUUUUGCUAUUCGAUUAACGAUUAUAGUAGAUAGAUACUAAUUUGUUAGUUUUUUGUCAUUUUUGUACCAAAAAUGUUUCGAGUUGUUCGCAAAUUGUGAAUUUAAUUCAGCGAAGUCACUAUUUUUUGAUGUUGAAAUAUUGUAUGCGUUUAAAGUUGAUUAGCCCUUGAUUAUUAUAAAAUAUAAAUGUUGGUGAUCG